CACGAUCAGAAGUCCUUUCAUGGGAACAAAUCACACGCAAGUGCUCCAGAAUUCCACGACGAAUUUGCGAAGCCACAAACGACGGCAUUGGUUUUUACUUCACCAUGACGCUCUCCCUCACUCACUCGACCCCAUAUUUUAUCGACGCCACUCUCGUCAUUCAAUCAGAGCAAACACUGUUUCGGGUCUACCCAGCCAUUCUCGCAGCCCAGUCUUCUGUGUUUCGUGACAUGCUAACGUUCCCGCAUCCUGGUCACCAGGACGGUUCCGCACGGGCAUUGGGCGAAUACUACGAGCCUGGAUGUCCACUGGUGGUUGUACACGACAAGAAGGAGGAUAUGGAGGUCUUCCUAGAUGCGAUAUAUGACUCCAGCUUUCUCGCACACCCGGAAGCACUGCCCUCGGCAACAAUUACCGCGCUUCUUCGUCUAGGACGGAAAUACGAUGUCCCGCAUCUCGAGCGAAGAGGCAUCUGCGAGCUCUCAAAGAUUUACCCGACCACGUUGGACGCAUGGGAUGGCACCCUCGCUAGAUCGCCCCGGAUUGACUCGACCAAAAUUAGACGCAGCAGGGCAAGACAAAACCUCCCCAUUCCAGAUGUCCUUGCGUUGAUCCGCGAAUUCGACCUAGUUUGGAUGCUGCCUGCCUUGCUGUACCAGCUCUGCUCCCAGAGUAAGACAGACUACACGAUCUCCGCGGAGAAGAUCGCCGAAUGGGAUCCGGACAUCGCCACCACAGCCGAUCUGCUACGGGCUCGGCAGAUCGCUUUCAGUCAAACAAGUCUUCUCGAGUUCCUCAUCUGCCCGUUUGAUCAGACAUACAUAUCCUCUUUGCAACUUCCACUUCCCUUUCGUCCCACUUCCAUCUAUUCACUCAAACCACCACGGUAUACGAUGUCGCUCCCUCCCGUUCCUCCGUACCCUUAUCCACCCCUUACACAACCUCAAUACCAAGAGCCGCAACAGCAGCCGCAGCAGCAGAAUCAGCAACCGCCGCAGUUCACAUUCGUCGAAUCCCCCCCACACUUCGAUAAUCCACUGGUGGCGCCGCGGCCCCAUAGGGUCGAUCCGCAAAUAGGUGCCAAUGUGAGUCUCUGCGUCCAUCGGUGCUGGCGGAGGGAGCAUCUUAUUCAGCGGCGAUACAUCAUGCGUGAAAGGGCUAGGCUCUUACGAAGGCUCGAAAGGCACGAAAAGGAACGAACGAGCAGCCUUUACGUUACGUACGCGAUGUCGUCGUGCGACUGGGCACUUUGUCUAUGGGGAUGGUGCUGGGACGACUGGGACGAAGCCGAGCCAGAAACCGCUUCGUCGCCUCCCCCGUCCGCCCCUACCCCACGUUCUCCGCGAUCUCCAUCCUCCGCCUCAUUCCCACCUGUUUCGCCUUCGUACACUAGCACGACAAAGGACAAGAUGAAUGCUGACGCCAGUUCUCAGAUGGCCCGCGAUCUUGACGCCAGCACAUACGUCGCGACAGCUUCGUCUUCCUACAAUGCGCCCACGCUCACGCCAGGCUCAGGGAGGACGCCAUCACCAUUGCCACCACCACAGGGCUCGGACUGGUCCCCGUGGGCCGGUGCCACGGGGAUGGGCUUGCAGCAGAGGCCAUCGACAGCAGCUUCGAUGUCAGGGCCGGGAAUGGACUUCAGGUUGCCUACACCACCCAGAGACGGUACUCUCACCGUGGCGCUUCCCUCGUUAUCUGCGCUUAAUGCCGCGCUCACGACCGUCACCCAGCCAUCCCAUGACCCGCAGCUGCAACUCGCCUGGGCGCGGGACGUCAUGUUCCUCGUCGAUCGCACACCGACACUCGCCUCAUCCCCACUAGCCCUCGCCGCGGUCCCGCUCAUCCUCUCUCUCGCCCAACCACCCAGCAGCAUCCCUGAAGCAGUCUAUUUGCGCGCUACGUUUGCUGCGUCUGGCGCUUACCCCAAUCAUGUCCCAGCCAGUCCCCGUGCCGCAUUUCGAGAUUUUGAAGCCGCCGCUCGCGCCGGGUAUGCCGCGGCGUGGUUCCGUCUCGCGCGGGACUACGAGGCGUUUUCGGACAAUGCGCAUGCCAUCGAUUGUCUGAAUCGGGGGGCGAAGGCGCGUGAUCCGGCAUCCCUGCACCGACUGGGCACCGCGCAUCUCCUCGCGCAACUGGGACUGCCAGCGGAUCUCGGCGCGGCUUUGCCGAAUCUUCACCAAGCAGCGUGUCGCGCAACGCUGCAGUGCCCCCAGCCGGCUUAUGUGUUUGCGCUUAUUUUGCUCAGCGAGUUUAACGGCGGUGGAAAUGUGCCGACGGGUGCGGUGCAGCCGUUCCUGCCACCAGGAGAGUCCCGAGAGGGUUACGCGCGGAAGAUGCUUGAACGGGCGGCGGCCCUCCAUUUCGCCCCCGCCCAGUACAAGUUAGGGCACGCCUUCGAGUUUGCAGUCCCCGCGAGCGCAUUUCCAUUUGAUCCGUUACUGAGUGUGCAGUGGUACAGUCUAGCGAGUCAGGCAGGCGAGGCUGAAGCUGAUAUGGCGCUGAGCAAAUGGUUCUUGUGUGGUGCAGAGGGUGCAUUCGACAAGGACGAAUCGCUGGCCCGUACGUUUGCCGAAAAAGCCGCUUCGAAAGGACUAGCGUCGGCUGAAUUUGCAAUGGGGUACUAUGCCGAAGUCGGGAUUGGCGGACCGAAGGAUGUGCCAUCCGCUAGGUCUUGGUACACCAAAGCGGCGGGUCACGGGAAUGCGGAUGCGCGAGAACGGUUGACGGCAUUGCAGCAACCGGCGCCCCAAACGCUCGGGCGACAGGAACACGACACUUUGACGGAGAACAAGCUCAUGAGGAAGAGGACGCAGGCGAGGAUACGCAGUGACGAGCAGAGUCAGCAGACUGGCCUAGUAAACCCUCAUCCUGACCCGUAUGAAGCACGUGGUCCACAGCAACAGGCUCAGCAACAGCAGCAACAGCAGCAACGACCGCCUCCAGGCGCAUACAACAACCCGAAUCAGCGCCGCACCCAGGUGAUGGAACUCGCGCGGAAAAGCUCGAUCGCAGAAUCAUCGCAUUACCGGGGUGCCAGCACAAGUUUGGACUACCGAGCACCCAGCCAGCCGCAACAACAGCCUCAAAGGCAACGGAUGGGUUCCAACUCAAAUCCACCGCGAGAAGGAUCAGUUCCCCCGAACCGCAUGCCGCCGAGGGAACCGAGCGUCCCGCCCGGCGCAACGCGGUACUCGUUGGCUGAUCCCGGCGCUGGCCGGCCGGGGAGCGGGCAGAGCAGUCGACCGGGGAGUGCGGCGGGUGCGUCGGUGCGGCCGAUGGGCACACCUCCGAUGAGGCGGCCAGGAGCGAAUGCUACCACGGGAACGCCCGGGCCGAAACCCUCCACGAGCGACGACGAGGGGAUUGUGACCAAGACGGGUGGAGGAGGACCUGCGACGUUUGCGGAGAUGGGAUUCACGGGUGCGAAGGCUGAGGACAAGGAGUGCGUCGUUAUGUAA